AUGAUGGUGGGGACUUUGAUGGAGCUCACCAUGAAAGAGUUCCUCCGACGUUACCACGAGGAUACUGGGAUCACAUUUUCAUCCCUUUACCCAGGUUGCAUUGCUACAACAGGCUUGUUUAGGGAGCACAUCCCAUUGUUCAGGGCUUUGUUCCCUCCAUUCCAGAAGUACAUUACCAAGGGCUUUGUCUCUGAAGAUGAAACUGGAAAGAGACUUGCACAGGUUGUCAGUGAUCCAAGCUUGACAAAAUCGGGGGUCUACCGGAGCAGGAACAAGGACUCGGCAUCAUUUGAGAACCAAUUGUCUCAAGAAGCUAGUGAUGCAGAGAAGGCCAGGAAGGUGUGGUAA